CAUAUGGGCUCGAGCGGAACAAAACACGCCUCCCUCCUGCCCUCGGCCUGCCCUUGCCCCCAACCCCCUUUUCUCUUUCUCUCCUCUUGUCUCCCUCUCCGCCCCCGAGCUGCCCCUUCUCCUCCGCCUUAGCCCUCCAGCUGCCCAAGUCUUUUUUCUUUCUCUCCUUUUCCUCUGUCUCCGCCCCUGAGCUGCCAUCGCCCUUUCUUUUUCUCGCCCUCUCUUGCUUCCCUUCUCCUCAAUGUCUCUUCUGAGUCUCCUCUUGGCCAACUGCUCUACCCCUUUCUUCCCGCUCUCUCUGCUGCUCUCUACGCCCAUUUCAUUACUACAAGGAGCUCCAUUGCCAUGAGUAACUUUUUCCAGUUUUUUUCAUUUACUGCGGAUUAGUUCCGCCUCCGCCAAAAAUCUCUCCGCCAUCGCAGGGGAGGGGAUUGAGUUAUGAUCAUCUAGGAAAUCGAAGGCAAACCCCGCAACCAAGCGGGCCAUUAGCUCUAUCUGGAAGAAGAUCACCACCCUCCGCACUCUCAAGCAAAUUCAUGCUCACAUGGUUGUCCAUGGCUUCAACAGCGAUGCAUCUGCGCUGCGAGAGCUUGUGUUUGCCUGUGCCAUCACCAUCCCUGGCAACAUGCAUUACGCUCGGAAUAUCUUCGGCCAUGUCCUGACACCGGAGGUUUUCAUCUGGAGCACCAUGAUCAGAGGUUUCUCUCAAAGUUCGGUGCCCAUUGACGCCAUUUUUCUGUACUCCCAGAUGGAGAAAUCUCACGUGAAACCAGAUAGCUUCACGUUCCCUUUUUCUUCUGAAGGCAUGCUCGAAGUUAGGAUCUAUUUCUGUCGGAAACCAGUGGACUGUUGUGUUCUAAAUCUGGGGCUUCAAUCGGAUGUGUUUGUAAGGAACUCUCUCAUCCACUUGAAUGCAGGUAGCGGCAGCUUGGAAGUUGCCCGCCAAUUGUUUGAUGAAAUGGCUCAAAGAGAUGUUGUUGCUUGGUCUGCUCUCACAGUUGGGUACGCGAGGAAGGGUAAGAUCGAGGAUGCACGCGACUUGUUUGAUAGAAUGCCUGAUUUCAUGGAAUGUCAUGGUCACCGCAUACACAAAAUGCGGCGAUAUGGAGUCGGCUCGUCGACUGUUCAAUGAGAUCCCUCAGAGAACGCAAUGAUUUCUGGAUAUGUGCUUUGUGGGGAUCAGAGCCGAGCAAUGGAGUUGUUCGAGGAGAUGCAGUAGGCGGGUGAGAGGCCUGAUGAGGUUACCAUGUUGAGUCUACUUUCGGCUUGCGCUGAUGUCGGGGCCUUAGACAUUGGUAAGAGGAUUCACACUGUUUUGGAACAAGGUGAUGCAGUCAAUGAAUUGCGCGUCGUUCUGGGAAACGCACUCAUAGACAUGUAUGCAAAAUGCGGUAGCAUAGUUGAUUCGCUGAGGGUGUUUAACCAGAUGCAUGAAAGAGAUGUUUCUUCCUGGAACUCAAUAAUUGUGGGGUUGACAUUUCAUGGCCAUGCCGAGUCGGCUCUCUCCCUCUUUGAGGAGAUGCAAAGGGAGAAAAUGGUUAGGCCCAAUGGGAUCACGUUCGUUGGGGUUUUGGUUGCUUGCAGCCAUGCAGGCAAGGUGGAGGAGGGCCGUCGAUGGUUUGAAAUCAUGAGAAAUAAUGUGUGAUCCAAUCUGCCCCAUCCCUCCAAGGUCGUUGAAGGGAAUCCUUUGCUCAACCACGCAAUUCACCAAAGUGGUUCACCAAACCCAGCCCCGACUGAAAUUGGUUCAACCAAAUACCCGAUCCGAACCUACACCACAUUGCCCCUCAACACAUGUUAUUGUUUUGUUGUCUUUGGCUUUGCUUCUUGGGUCCCAGACACAACAUCCCUCUCUCUCCUCCCUCCUAAGGAAAGCAGAGACGUGCACGUAUGCAUUCUCAUCA